CCUCUUCAUCUCGCUCAUCUUCCGCUCUAGGACGACGCCCGCUCGCCGCCGCCCGCCCUUGCGCAAUCGCGAAUUGAACGCAUCGAUUGCUCUCCAUUUCGCCUGCGACGACGAACGGGGUGGUGGUCCCCGCUUCACUCGCUCGCUCGACGACCCACGCACGCACCCACGCAAGCACGCCCUUUCCGUGCAUCUCUGUCCUGCUCGUCAACAUCGUCAUCAUCACCACCACCAUCAUCAUCAUCUCGCCUCUCCCCAGUAGACAUCAGCGCCCCUAGUUAACCUCACUGCUCUUAGUGGGGUGGCGCCGAUGACAGAGGAACGCGAGAUCACAAAGGGUCUCCGAUCAUGGGUCAGUGUAUGCGCAGGCAUCCAUCCGUAUCUUGGGAUCCGCUGAUCAGUUGCUCCUUGCCCCGACGCUACCAGUGGUCUGCGUUUACCAAGGUCAAGCUACAGAACAAAGACAAGAAAGCAGCCCAAGAUGAUAACAAAGUCUUCGGUGUACCAUUGCGCAAAUCGCUCAAAUAUGCAAGCGUCGCCAUCUCCAUGGCAGGCGAUGAUGGCAAGCAGUAUGUCUGGGGCUACGUUCCGGUUAUCGUCGCCAAAGUGGGCCUCUACCUCAAGGAGAAUGCAGUCGAGACGGAGGGCGUCUUUCGUAUUGCUGGCUCGCAGAAGAGGAUGAGGGAGUUGCAGGAGACUUUCGACUCGCCCCCCAAAUACGGUCGCGAUGUCCAAUGGCCAAAGUACAGCAUUCACGAUGCUGCUAGCGUAUUGCGACGCUACCUCAACCAGAUGCCGGAGCCUAUCAUUCCGUUGCACCUAUACAACGAGUUCCGCAACAUCAUGAUCAAGGAGCCAUUCGAUGUCAACGCUGCUAUCAAGACGUAUCGUCUCCUCAUCACCUCGUCUCCACCCGCCAACCAAUACCUCCUCCUCUACGUCCUCGACCUCCUUGCCGUCUUUGCACGGGCGGCAGACAAGAAUCUCAUGCCCGCUAGCAACUUGGCCGUCAUCUUUCAGCCUGGCAUGUUCUCCCACCCUACUCACCUCAGCUCGGCGGACGAGCACAAGAUCGCAGUGCAGGUGCUGGAGUUCCUCAUCGAGCAUCAGGACCACUUCGUCCUCGGCCUCUCCCCUCCACCGCCAGCCAAUGUCAGCCCGGCAGACUUGACUGCCGUAAGCCAGCCAGUACCAGACUCCGAAGUCUACUUUGAGCCAUCGGACUCGGAUGAAGACUUGGGCGAGCUGGAGGCGCAUGAGGGUGGGGGAGCUAAGCUGGCCAGGUCAGGAUCAGCACGAGCAUCAGCGAAGGCUGGCUCUUCGAAGCAAAGUCGCCGCCUCUCAGCUGGCGCAAUGGGGGGCGCAGCAGGCCGGAAGCUGUUUGGUAGGAGGUCAGGCAAGGGCGCCGUUCCAGAAGGAGGCGCAGAGAUGCAGCUCUCGACCUCCGUGGGGUCCAAUGCGUCGGCCAAGGCGGAGAAUCUGCGCGUGGACAACCAAGUGCUCGGACAACAGCGAGGCACAAGUCCGAUACCCAGUGGAAGCAGUGCGACGAGUCAUGGCGGCGCCGCCCGUAGCAGCAGUCCGACUACAACGCCCACCAACGCAGCGAAGGUGAAGAGAAGCAGAACAACGCCUACAAGGCGCGCCGUCUCUGGUGCAGGUGUCGAUGCGAAGGAGAAGGGCAAAGGCGACUCACUCGAGCCGGCUGAGGCGGACGCUGAUACUCCUAGAAGGCUGAGCGGUGAUGCGACGCCAAAGACGAACGCACAGGUAGCAGGCAGCGCCCCAGCUCAGACUGAGGCUGCGCCGCUUUCAGCGUCUUCGUCCAGUGAUCCGCCGCCAGUAGAUAAGGAGGCCGAGGGCCCACCUGCAGAAUCUGAAGAGGCAGCACCGUCUGCCGCUCCCCAAUCAGCUGAGGCCAGUACGACAGACUCCGCAGAGCAAGGAGCAGCGCCAAAGCCUGCAGAAGGCUAGAUACCCUUGCGCCUUCCUAUUUCCUAUCCUUCAUUCGGCUUCCACCAAGGUCGGACCCGCAGCGCAAAGAGACCUCCCAACGCUUCGCUCAGAUCAAG